AUGUUCUCCCUACACGGCCGAACUGCCCUCGUCACUGGCGGUGCCCGCGGCUGCGGCCUCGCCUUUGCGCGUGGUCUCGCCCAAGCAGGUGCCAACGUAGCCAUCUUCGACCGGAUACCUCCUGAAGAAGGGUUUCUGUCGAUCGAGAAGGACUAUGGUGUGCGGACUGCAUAUUACGAAGUCGACGUAUCCUCUCCCGACUCCCUCGCCACCGGCUUUAGCGCCUUUCAAACAGACUUCGACAAUGCCCUAGACAUCUGCGUCCCCUGCGCAGGUAUCAACCGGCACCAGACGUUCCUCGAGUUCAACUACGCGGACCACCAGGAGCUGCUAGGGGUGAACGUGCUGGGGCUGUUUCAUACGGCCCAGCUGGCAGCACGGCAGAUGAUUGCCAAUGGCACGAAGCAUGGGAGCAUCGUCCUGGUGGCGAGUAUGGCGAGCCACGUGGCGGUGCGGAGCCAGUUGUGCAGUGCGUAUUGUGGGAGUAAGGGGGCGGUGAGGGCGAUGUGUCCUGCUAUCGCGAAGGAGUUGGCGGAAUAUGGUAUUCGCGUGAAUUCGAUUUCGCCGGGGUAUGUGAGGACGGAGAUGACUGCUGCUUUCCCCCAUUUGAUCGAAGAGUGGAAAUCUGCAGCAAUGAACGGCCGCAUCGCAGAGCCGGAGGAUAUCAUGGGGGCGUGUGUUUUUCUGGCGAGCGAUGCCACUAUCCUCGCCCAAAAGUGGGGUUAUCAGCUCACUCGGCGAUCAGUCCGAACCCCAUCACUAGUAACCAACUACUAUAACAAUACUCAUCCAGAAGCGACCAUGAACGUAUCAUCACCAUUACAAACACAAGGACUACACACAAUGUCUCCAAGUGCCAUCAACGAGGGCUUUUCCAGCCCUUCCACCAUACCCACCACAACAGUGGUGGUAGUAGGCGCUGGCCCCUCGGGCUUAAUGCUAACAAACAACCUCCUCCGCUACGGCACACCCGUAAUUCUUCUCGACGACCGCCCGACAGCUACAUCAACCGGAAAAGCAGACGGUCUGCAGCCUAAGACCAUCGAAACUCUAAAACAGCUGCGACUGUCGGAUGAGUUGCUCCGCAAUGGGGCUAAGGUGUAUGAUAUUUGUUUUUGGGAAUCCACCCCCCAAAACCCAACCCUCAACCGCACAUCCCGCCAAACGCACUACCCGGACCAUCUGGUCGGCGCCUCAGACCCAUACAUUCUGCUCGCGCACCAGGGCAUGCUCGAGGAUGUCUUGAUAAAAGAUAUAGAAGAAAGAGGGGGCAGUGUACAGCGGAACAGUCCAUUCGUUUCUGUUUCUAAGACAUCAGACGGGAGUGGAGAACUCGAAGUUAUUUACAACGACAACACAACAAAUACGCAAAAGGCUGUCCGCACGAAAUAUCUCGUUGGGUGCGACGGCGCAAGGUCCAAAGUCCGGGACUUCAUUCCCGGGGCGCAGUUAGAGGGCGAGAUGAGUAAUGCUUCUUGGGGUGUUCUGGAUGGAAUCAUCGAUACCGACUUCCCCGACCUCUGGAGCAAAGUAGCCGUUCGCUCGCACACAGCGGGGUCUAUUCUCUGGAUUCCCAGGGAACGCGGUAUGACGCGGUUAUACGUUGAGCUUAGUUCCACGGACGGAGAGAGGGUCGAUAGAGCCAAGGCGACGCCGGAGUACGUGAUGGCUAGGGCGCGAGAGGCGAUGCAGCCUUUCCGAUUGGAGUGGAAGUUUAUCGAAUGGUUCGGCAACUACGUCGUUGGCCAACGCGUCGCUCGUCGGUUCAGCGAUCCCGAAAACCAGAUCUUCAUUGCUGGCGAUGCCGGCCACGUUCACUCCGCCCUAGCAGCCCAAGGCGCCAACACCAGCAUGCAUGAUAGCGUCAACCUGGCGUGGAAACUGAACCUCGUUUCACGCGGGCUCGCCCCGGCAUCUCUACUGAGUACAUACUCCGAGGAACGACGGAAGAUCGCCAACGACCUAAUCGCCUUCGACGCGGGUCACGUCGCGGCGUUCGAGAAAGGCGAGACCGCCCUAGCGAGGAACAUUGAAGAGAACAUCCGGUUUAUCUCCGGUGUUGGGGCUGAGUAUGACGCUGGUGUUGUUACAAAAUCAAGGCAGAGUAAAGUGAAGGGUGGCAUUCAGCCGGGGACAUUGACUCGUCCUGCUAAGGUGACGAGGUAUAUCGAUGCCAAUCCGGUGGAUCUGCAGCUUGAUAUCCCGAUGAUGGGACAGUUUAGGGUGGUUUUGUUUGUGGGGGAUGUGGUUGGUGGGAAGGGGUUUUUGGAGGGGUUUUGUGGGGCGGAUGCCUUGGAGGGGGUGCAUUCUGUGGCAAAGGAGUCAUAUAAGAAGUGUCCUCGGGGACUGAGUGACGGGGAUAAGUAUUUUCCACUGGAAAGGUAUACCCCUGUUUCGGAGGUAGUGACGUAUGGUUUGGUGACGAGGAGUGAGAAGAGGGAGUUUGAGUUGGGAGAUUUGCCGGAAUUGUUGCAGAAGAGUCGAUGGACAGUGUAUCUGGAUGAUGUUGAAGGCGGGGAGGGGUGUACUAAGAAGUGGAUAGGAGAGAUGGAGAGGGACCAGGUAGGAGUGAUGGCUGUGAGGCCGGAUGGUAAUCCGUCUGAUGCACCAUACAUGCCAAAGCAUCCAUGCAAAAAUCACAGGACAAAGGAGAGUUCAAUGAUUGACGAGGGUCAGAUGCAGAUGCAACAUAAGCCAUAA